AAGAAGAAUAUGAUAGGUACUAAUGAGAAGCAUGAUUUUGUGGUCGCAGCAUGACCGUAUCAGGAUGGGUCUACAUGAUAUCAGUGGGUUUCAAUGCUGCUGCAAGUGUAAGGGUGAGCAAUGAGCUAGGAGCUGGACAUCCAAAAUCUGCGGCAUUUUCUGUGGUGAUAGUAACACUAAGUUCUGCCGUCAUCGCGGUGAUCUGCGCCAUCCUUGUUCUUGCCUUGAGGCAUGUCAUUAGCUAUGUAUUUACGAGUGGUUCAACUGUGGCUGAUGCUGUCUCAGAACUCUCUCCCUUCCUUGCCAUAUCUAUCAUACUCAAUGGAAUCCAACCCGUUUUGUCUGGAGUGGCUGUCGGCUGUGGAUGGCAAGCAUUUGUUGCGUACGUUAACGUGGGGUGUUACUACAUUAUUGGUAUCCCAUUGGGUGCAGUACUUGGCUUUAAAUUCGACCUUGGAGCUAAGGGCAUUUGGUCUGGGAUGAUAGGGGGCACUUUUAUACAGACUCUCAUUUUAAUUUGGUUCACAUUUCGGACAGAUUGGACUAAAGAGGUUGAAAAAGCAAAGUUGCGUUUGGAUAAGUGGGAAGACAAGAAAGAAUCUCUUUUGACGGAUUAACCCACUCUUUUCGCAUCAAGUUACAAGCCUUUGCGUGCAUGGAAAAUGGGAUCUUUUCCAACCGAUAACCAUCAAAGUGUUCAAUUUUCAAUUUCAAUAAGCUCAUCAUGAUGCUUCAUGAGGAUCCUCACCAAAUUUGGUGCCACUGGCUUAGUCAGAUUAUUAACACUGCAUUGAAUUUCAAUUUCUGAUUUUUUUGUUCUUUUUUUUUUUUUUUUUGAGAAAUCUGAUUUUUUGUUCUUGAAUUUCAAUUUGACUCAUUAUUAGUCGUUUAUUCGAGCUGAGAAUUUGAAGGACAAAGAGGCCAGUCAUUAAGGAAAA